CCCCCCCCCAUUUCCUCUUUGAUUCUUGCCCCCUGCCUGGCCGUGCUUGCCAAAGCCAGCCGCUCCUACUUUCCUCCGUCCGCCUCUCCCCACCUCGCUCGACGUUCGAUACCCAGCCAGGACACACCAUGGCCGAGCACUUCGCGCACCCGGGAGCGCUGGCCUCUCCGGUAGAGGAGACUCUUCGAUUGUAUCAGGCCGAGAAUUACACCACUGGCACUCGGGAGAAGCAACCGGAGCCAGACGCCUCAGUGUCAGCCCGCUUUGCCCGGCUCAAGGACGAGUAUGCCCUGCAUGGGAUGCGCCAUAGUGUGGCCGCGGCCAUCGUCAUCGCCAAGCACGGCCACCCCCACCUCCUUUGUCUGCGCAUUGCUGGGUCUUUUUACAAGCUUCCUGGGGAUGAGCUUCUCCCUCACGAGUAUGCCGACCCGGUGGCCGCUCUUAAGAACCGCCUGGACUUGCAGCUCGCCCCGCCGGGGACAUCCUUCGACUGGGAGGUCAAAUCCCGUGUGGCCACUUGGUGGCGGCCAAACUUCGAACACUCUGUUUACCCGUACAUUCCGGCGCACAUUACUCGGCCCAAGGAGAAGCAGCUGAUCUACCUCAUCCAGGCGCCUCCUUCCUUCCAAUUCUUCAUCCCGGCCAAUUACACCAUGCAGCUGAUUCCCUUCUGGGAGCUCCACAACUCCAAGAGCUUUGGCCCGAUCAUCUCGGCCAUUCCGCAAUCCCUCAGUCGCAUGGAGCUCGAGUAUUGUGUUUCUGGCGACCAGCAGCCGCAGCAACACCACCACCAGCAGCAGCAGCAGCACCAACAGUAG